AUGCCUGAAGCAAAAGUGCUCGUGAUAGGAAGUGGAGGCCGGGAGCACGCUCUUUGCUGGAAAUUAGCGGAGUCCCCUAAUGUGAAGCAAAUUUACUGUGCACCCGGCAGCGUCGGCAUUUCUUCGGUGGACAAGGUUGAAAGCAUUGAUAUUAACAUCAAAGACUUUCAAGCUGUUGGAAAAUGGUGCAAAGAGAACUCAAUCAACCUGGUUGUCAUUGGCCCAGAGGAUCCAUUGGCCAAUGGCAUUGUAGAUACCCUAUCUUCGAUGGGUAUCAAAUGCUUUGGCCCCACAAAAGCUGGUGCGGAGAUAGAAGCCAACAAGAGCUGGUCCAAGAAAUUUAUGAUGAAGUACCAGAUACCAACCGCAAGAUACCAGUCCUUCACUGAUGCUAGUGCUGCUAAAGAGUUCAUUAAAAGUGCUCCCUUCCCAGCGUUGGUCGUUAAAGCCUCCGGUCUGGCGGCCGGCAAAGGCGUGGUAGUAGCCUCGACCAAGGAAGAGGCGUGCCAAGCUGUGGAUGAGAUCUUAACCGACGCGAAGUAUGGCUCCGCCGGUCAGACCGUCGUUAUUGAGGAACUUUUGGAGGGCGACGAAGUUUCCGUACUCGCAUUCACUGAUGGGGAAAUGGUGUCGGUGAUGCCACCAGCUCAAGAUCACAAACGCGUGGGUGACGGUGACACGGGUCCCAACACCGGCGGCAUGGGCGCCUACUGUCCCUGUCCGCUCAUCACGCCAGACCAGUUUGCAGACGUCAAGGACCAGAUCUUACAGCGAGCUGUCGAUGGACUCAAGGCUGAGGGCAUUAAAUAUGUCGGUGUGCUGUACGCGGGCCUGAUGAUCACCAAAUCGGGCCCGAUGACCCUCGAAUUCAACUGCAGAUUCGGUGACCCUGAAACGCAAGUGCUUAUGAUGUUGUUGGAGAGCGAUCUCUAUGACAUAAUGAAGGCUUGCGUGGACGGCAACCUGAAGCAACAGCAAGUUCAAUGGAACACGAAGAUGUCAGCAGUGGGAGUUGUGAUCGCCUCCAAGGGAUACCCGGAGACAUCCACUAAAGGCUGCGUUAUAAGCGGGCUGUCGCAAGUGUCGUCGCAGCCGGAGCUGGCGGUGUUCCACAGCGGCGUGGCUCGUGGCGCGAACGGGUCGCUGGUGUCAUGGGGCGGGCGCGUGCUGCUGGUGGCGGCCCGCGCGCCAGCGCUGCGCGCCGCCGCGGCCGCUGCCACCGCCGCCGCCGCCGCUAUCGACUUCCCCGGCGCGCACUACCGCAAGGACAUCGCUCACCGCGCCUUCUCCAAGUUAAACGGUCUCUCGUACCUUGAAAGUGGUGUAGAUAUAGACGCGGCCGCGACACUUGUUCGCAAGAUAGAGCCUUUAGCGACUGCAACACAUCGGCCAGGAGUUUUGGGAAGGCUAGGUUGCUUCAGUGGACUGUUCCAGCUGUCUGCUAUGGACCCGGAGCUUAAGGAUCCCGUGCUCGUGCAGGGGACCGAUGGCGUUGGGACCAAGCUAAAGAUAGCACAACGGAUGCAGAAGUUCGACACAAUCGGACAGGAUCUGGUGGCUAUGUGCGCGAACGACAUCCUUUGCGCUGGUGCUGAGCCGUUCGCGUUCCUCGACUACACGGCGUGCGGCCGCCUGCAGGUAGAGGUGGCCGUCACCAUCGUGCGAGGCGUCGCCGACGCAUGCCGGCUGGCUGGCUGCGCUUUGCUCGGUGGCGAAACGGCCGAAAUGCCCACCAUGUACGACGUUGGCAAGUACGACUUGGCCGGGUUUGCAGUGGGCGUUGUGGACAACAGCAAGCAACUCCCACGCGUGGGCGAUAUGCGCGCUGGUGACAAGGUUCUGGCGCUGCCCUCUACCGGCGUGCACAGCAACGGCUACAGCCUCGUGCAGCGUAUCAUGAGCGAGACUGGCCACAGCUAUCACGAAAAAGCGGCGUUCACGACUUCGGGCAAGUCGUACGGCGAGGAGUUCUUGGUGCCGACCGGUAUCUACGUUAAGGCGCUGUUGCCCGCGGUGAAGAAGGGCCUCAUCAAGGGACUCGCGCACAUCACCGGCGGCGGCCUGCUGGAGAACAUCCCGCGCGUGCUGCCGCCGCACCUGCGCGUUAAAUUGGACGCUACGACCUUCAGGAUAAAGCCCAUUUUCGGCUGGCUGCAAGCCAAAGGCUUGGUUUCGGACUUUGAAAUGCUGCGCACCUUCAACUGUGGAGUGGGUAUGGUAGCAAUUGUUGACCCCUCGUGUGUUGACGAAUUGCUGGCUAUGGUAACAGAACCCAUUGACGUCAUCGGUGUCGUUGAGGCUAUGGGGAAGGAAGGAGGUCACCAAGUGGUGGUGGAAAACUUCAAAGAAGCAAUGGAGCCCCUAACGUCACCGUACUCUAGCGGACAGCAAAUGCCUCAGAAGUCACUCUCGUAUAAAGACAGCGGCGUAGAUAUCGAGGCUGGCGAUUCACUUGUGUCGCUUAUCAAGCCUUUAGCGAGGGCUACAAUUCGUCCAGGAGUUAUUGGUGGUCUCGGUGGCUUUGGUGGUUGUUUCCAACUGAAAGCUAUCGAACAGGAAUAUAAGGACCCAGUGCUGGUGCUGGCUGCGGACGGCGUGGGUACGAAACUGAAAAUCGCUCAGAGCAUCGAUCGGCACGACACCAUCGGGCUGGACCUGGUGGCCAUGUGCGUCAACGACAUCCUGUGCAACGGCGCCUGCCCGCUCACCUUCCUCGACUACUUCGCGUGCGGCGCGCUCGACGUGCGCGUGGCGCGCCAGGUGGUCGCCGGCGUCGCCGAGGGCUGCCGGCAGGCCUCCGCUGCGCUUAUCGGCGGAGAAACAGCAGAAAUGCCCGGAAUGUAUCCACCCGGUGUGUACGAUAUCGCCGGCUUCGCACUCGGUGUUGUGGAACGGACGCAUAUACUGCCCAAGAUCAACGAUAUCGCUGUGGGCGAUAUCAUUAUAGGUCUUCCGUCAAAUGGCGUCCACAGCAACGGCUUCAGUCUGAUCCACAAGCUGAUGAAAAAGGCCGGCCUCACUCUCAACGACAAAGCGCCUUUCAGCAAGGAAGGCUUGACACUGGGCGAGGAGCUGAUCAAGCCGACGCGCAUCUACGUGCGCAGCGUGCUGCCGGUGCUGCAGCGCGGCCUGGUGAAGUCCGUGGCGCACGUGACGGGCGGCGGGCUGUUGCAAAACCUGCCGCGCGUGCUGCCCGACGCCGUGCGCGCGCGCCUCAACGCGCACUGGUGGCACGUGCACCCGGUACGUACGUACUGUAGCGAGCGUGACACAUGA